CUAGGAUGAAAUUUUUGAGAUAUGAUUAUGAUGGAUAUAUUCGAGCCUACAUCGAGGGAAGUGAUCAACCAAAAAAUCUUUUGGCAGAUUUCAUCAGUUCUUGUGAUUACCCCACAGCCUGUGGCAGUUUGGAGCUUUGUGCAAAUGGAUUUUGUUCUUGUCCGGGUUCAUUCAGAAAAAGCAAUGAUCAACAAAACAAUGGGUGCGUGGAAGUUAGUCCGGUGGAAUGCAAUGGACAACGCUCCCACAAAAUGGUGCGUGUUUCGGAUGUCUAUUACUUUAACUAUGUUGACAUUGAUGCAGCAGCUCUAAGAGGAACAGAUGAGGAAAGCUGCCAAGAGUUGUGCUUGAAGAACUGCUCUUGUAAAGUAGUUCUCUUCUGCUAUUUUACUAACUUUUCAAGUGGUGACUGCUAUCUACCAUCGCCUGUUCUGUCACUUAUAAAUGAUGGAAAGGAAAGAAGUGGCUAUGAGUCAUCUGCAUUCAUCAAAUUACCCAAUGAUGCGGAAAAAAGUACGGAGUCUACAGCUGCAAGAAGAAUUGGCAUUAUAGCUGGAUCAACUAGUGGAGCAUUUCUUCUGAUAGCAUUAAGUGUUGGCAUCUUGAUUGCUUUCAACAGAAAACAAGCAUUGCAAGAAAAUAAUGAUGAUUACUCAGAGGAGAUAUCUGGCCUUCCGAGAUUUUCUUACAAACGGCUGAAGGUGGCAACAGGGAAUUUCCAGAAAAAGCUUGGUCAGGGAGGCUUUGGCUCAGUUUAUGAAGGAGUUCUUCAAGAUGGUCAAAAAGUAGCAGUGAAGGUUCUCGAAGGUUUUGGACAAGGGAAGAAGGAAUUCUUGGCAGAAAUCCAGACCAUAGGAAGCAUCCAUCAUGUUAAUCUUGUUAGACUAGUUGGAGUUUGUGCUGAGAAAGAGCAUAAGCUAUUAAUUUAUGAUUUCAUGAGUAACGGAUCAUUGGAUAAAUGGAUUUUCGGAACAGGCUAUACACAGUUUACCCUUGAUUGGAAAAUAAGAAAAAGAAUCAUCCAUGAUAUAGCGAAAGGAUUGGCUUAUCUUCAUGAAGAAUGUAUGCAAAGGAUAGUCCACUUAGAUGUAAAGCCGCAGAACAUUCUGUUGGAUGACGAUUUUUGUGCAAAGGUUUCUGAUUUUGGUUUGGCCAAGUUAGUGGAUAAAGAUCAGAGCCAGAUAGUGACCAGAAUUAGGGGAACCCCGGGAUACUUAGCUCCUGAAUGGUUUACCGCAUUCAUUACAGAAAAAGCAGAUGUCUACAGCUUUGGAGUUGUUGCAAUGGAGAUCCUCUGUGGACGCAAGAACUUGGACUAUUCACACUCACUGGAAUCUCCACAUUUGCUUAGUUUGUUAAUGAAAAAAGCUGAAAACAAUCAGUUGAUCGAUAUGAUCGGAAACUACAACGAUGAUCUGCAAUGCAAUACAUCAGAAGUGGUCCGUAUGAUGAAGCUUGCUGUCUGGUGCUUACAGAGUGAUUUUACUCUGAGGCCUUCCAUGUCCAUAGUGGUUAAAGUAAUAGAGGGGACAAUGGACAUUGAAUCUCACUUAGACUACAGUGUUCCAAAUUCACAAUCAAUUGCAGCAAUCAAAAGAGUGACAGACACAACCAAUACCUUGUUUCCUUCAAUUCUUUCAGGACCUAGGUAAGGAAUAUCUAAGCAUGAUGAAGAAGAAACAAAGAAACUAUCCUCCUUCCAUUAUCCAAUUUCUUGUCUGAUAUCAUUGUUAUAUAGCUAUUUAUUGGUUUCAUUUGUUUAUUUUUCUGUGACUUAAUAAGAUACUGUAGUUGAGAACCAUGGUGUAGUUUCCAGUGU